AUGGAUCCACUGAGCAUAACAGCUAGUGCUAUUGCCGUGGCGACCCUUGCGGCGCAAAGCACCAAAGCUAUCUACCAGGCCAUCGACGGCUUAGCGGAAGCCCCACAUGCCAUCGCGCACUCGAAGACUCUCCUCGCAGGGACACAAACAGCAUUGGACAGUCUUAUUGGAACGUUAACAACGACGCAAGAUACACAGGCCAGGCUUGGGUCCGUUCUACGACCCUUAGAACUCGACCAGACCUUGCGUUCUACGCAGCAACUUUGCGACAAGUUCGGCACGACUAUCACGAAGUACACUAGUCGUUCGACCGAUGCAAGGUUCAGCAGCCGUGACAGGAUCUUGGUGAACUUUCACGAGUCGCAAAUCAUCCGAUUCAAUCAAGAAUUGGGCGACUGCCAGAAGACCAUUUCUCUGGUGCUUGGGACGAUCACCCUAAUCGUAUCUAGCGGCACGUCCGACAACCUGCAACAAUUGAGCAAGCAGUUCCAAGCCCAUGAACAGGCGCUCACCUCUCUGGUCGCCGAGAUUUCGCAAAGACCCACGGACCCAGGAACAAUAGAAUCGCAUACAUCGGGCGAAGGUCUGCGUGCUAGUACGGACGACGACCAAGCCAGUCUUCGGCCGACUUUAGCGCUGAGAAAUACCUGCGAGGCUGCUUUACAGGCCACUCAAGCAGCACGAACGGCUCAAACUUUCGGAGAUAUGCAGGCCGAUCAGUCUAUGGCCAUGCAAGGAAUUGUGGGAGAAGCGCAGAAAGGCGUGGAUCAGUCCUUCGGGAAGUUGGUCGCGCAAAACAAGAGCCGGGCAUUUCAAGGGCAAAUGGACGCGACUUCCUUCGCCCAGAUGUUUAAAUGA